UGAGAAAAAUAAGUCGUUCACAUGCGUUGCUUUUAUUACACCAAAUGAAUAAAUACAUACAUUUUUUCGAUUCGAAAUCAAUGUAAGCUAAUUUAGUACACCCGCAUUAACUGGUUGCUUGGCCGUAUUUGUUACAUUAUUGAAAGUGUUUAGUGUGAAGCACAGCAUUUGCCGCUUAUAAGGGGCGAUUAUUCCUUGUGAUAUGUGCACACAAUAAAAUUAAGGACACUUGUAAUACAAAAGGGACUUGAUGUCACUUUCUUUUACUUCACUUUCAUGUCUCAGGUAUGUGGAAAUUGAAGGAAUUUAAAACACCACCUCUUCUAAUCUAAAUCGAUGUUGGAGUAACUUUACUUUUGGAGAUGAGGCAAUAUCACAUGACUGAAUUUACAACCUCUACGCAAGAGAGGAUGUUUUGGGACAGAGAGACCGUAUCAAAUACGGACUGUCCCUAACACCAGAGAAUACAUAAGAUGAAAGGCGUCGUCAUAAAACAAUUCCCCCAACAUUAAAAAGUACACUCAGAAUGCCAAAACACAUUACAACGCUUUGCACCUCCAUCCCAGUGACAGCUCAUCACCGAUCUGUAGGUAGACGGCUAAACAUUCAAAGUGUGGACUAUUAUGGACUAUCAUAAUUUGGUGGACCCCUGAAAGGAUUUAUAUAAUUUUUGAUAGUAACUGUUUUUAGCUUGGGGAAAUACUGCCUUUUCACUUAAGGCUUCCUACCCACUUGUCUAUGGCUAGUUUCGGAAAAUGUGAUGUGCACUUGCACCUAUUUGUAGGCCUGCUAUAAAUAGGGCCUUGCUGGCACCAUUUGCCCUUCCAUGAUUGGCAAUUUUAGAGCUUUGCUUUUGGGACUCCGGCUCCAAAGGACACUGGAAAACAUCAAUAUUGCUACUUCACUGGUAAAACCCUGCAACUUUAAACUGGGGCAACCUAAACAAACCAAACUUUUGUGAGUCAAAGGUUUGGACUUUUUAGGUAGAUAUUUUUUUUACAUUGGACUUAACAUUUUGGCAAAUCCUGCCAUUGGACAAUGACUUCCAGAAGACCAAUGACCCGCUCCUUUUCUGGCAACGGGAGGUCCAGCAGCUUUAAUAAUGAGGACGAGAUCAGCUCUUCCAAUGGCCGCUCGGAGAGCCGUAAUCCUUACCUUUCCAACGUCAGGCCAGAAAACAGCUACUCAAGUCAGAGGUACACAGGUUCUCAUUACAGACCUUCGAGGAGUACAUUAUGUUCUGUCAUGGCUCAGCUGACUGACGAUAUCCAGCCUUCAUUUGAUAUCACAUUGAAAUCUAAGGCCGUGUCAGAGACCUGUAAUGUCAAGUUUACUUGCGUGGUUUCAGGUUACCCUGCUCCAGAACUGACUUGGUACAAAGAUGACAUGGAGAUGGACAGAUAUUGUGGUCUUCCAAAAUAUGAAAUUGGGAAGAAUGGAAAAACCCACACACUUCAUAUUUACAAUUGCACUGUGGAUGAUGCGGCAAUAUACCAGGCCUCAGCCUGCAACAGUAAGGGAAUUGUCUCCUGUUCUGGAGUUCUGGAAGUGGGUACAAUGAGUGAGUACAAGAUUCACCAGCGAUUCUUUGCCAAGCUGAAACAGAAAGCAGAAAACAAGAAGCGAGAGCUGGAAGAGAGUAGGAAGAGGGGCAAAGAGAAUGUCAGGAGCAGCCCUGACCGUUCUCAAAGGAAGCGUAGGUCUCCAGAAGAGGCCGAGCCCCCCAAGACUCCCAGAGCACCACAGGAAGAGGCCCAGGUUGCAGAUGUUGUGGAACGUCCUACAGGUAUUUCUGUUGAACCCAAUGGAGUCAGUGCUGAGGCCUCCAAAAAGGACCUUGAGCUUGAUUCAGAAAAGGUUGAGACCAAGAACUCAACCAUAGAGACCUUAGCCAAGAAGAAGAGUAAGGUCUCAAAUGGUAUAGAUUCUGGGGCUUUCGGCAGCAACCAUACAGUACAGGGCAACGGGGGGGAAAACUCCUAUGAUGGAGGACUUAGUUUGGCUCAGUUCCUGGCAGAGACUCUUCACUCCCAGGUUGCUGAAGAUAAACAGAAUCUUGCACGGUUAGAAAAGACUGUCCAAGUGGAUAACUCUUCAGCAGAUGUCGAUAUGGAGAAAGAAACCGAGACACAGAAGGAGAAGCAAGAGAAAGAAAGGGCACUAGCAGAAGAACAAGAACGUAAGAGAAUAAAAGAAAGAGACCUAGAAAUGGAGAAACAGAGAGAGAAAGAAAAAGAGUGCGCAAGGCAGAGAGAAAUGUUACAGAGAACAACACGAGCACUCCCCUCAGGGGCAAAGUUGGAGACCAAGGCACAUAAGGAGUCAGAUCACCACAACAUCCAGGCAUCCCUCUCCUCGGUGCUCCACAGUGUCAAAGACUUCUUCUUUGGUAAGAACAAGAAAGGUCAUUCUCAUGAUGAGGAGAGCAGUGAGGAGAAAGAGAGAGAUUUCCCUGUAGCGCCUAAACAACCUUACCCCAGCCCUCCUCCACAUCAUCCACAGGAACUGUUUGUUAAACCAGAAGUGUAUGAACCUCCAAAAGAGGAGGCUGUACCAUUGGAGGUCAAUGAGCCUCAGAAGGCUCCAAGAAUUGUGGUGUCAGACACACAGCCAGUGUCACUGGAACAGUUGACACCAGAUGAGCCCAACCACAUGAUUACUAUUCCACAUACAGAGGAUGAGCCCAAAACUUUUGAAAUACCGCUAGAGGAUGUAGCUGAUUUUGAAGAGAAAAACAUUGUUGACAUGUGUUUGGAAGUUGGCAGUGACAGACCACAGAAUGUAUCCUUGUCUGUUCUUCCAAGCUCCAUUGAGGUUGCCAAUACAAACUACCAGACGGUCCCAGUCUCCAAGGUUGUUGUCCCAAACCCUCAUGAGGUCAACAUCCCAGUGUUGUCACUGGAGCUGGAUCAUAAGGUGGAAAGAGGUGAAACUCAAGCUGCACCCAAACAGGAUCCAUGUGAAUAUACACCCAGCCCAGAGUCAACCCAGGAAUCAGGCUGGCACAUGUCGAAUCCUACCACUGUGGCUCUCAGUGGCAGCCUUCCGGACUGUUCUGUCUUUUUCACAGACAGCCAUGAAACCAUUGAAAUGGAAGUUAAAGAAAUGCACGUUGAUGAAAACAUUAUUGUAAGUGACUAUGAGAUACGAGAGAAUCAUUCUCAAAGUAUACAGGAUAAAGGAGAGAAGGUCAUGGAAGAGAUUCAGCCAUGGCCACAUGUAGAAGACGGCAUACAAAUGAUUGAUUCAGAAACACCUGCUUUAAUAGUACCAACAAUUGAAUCAAUUGAACCAGAACAGCUUCUUCUUGUUCUGGGAAAAAAUGUGUUGAUUCAGUCACAAGAGGAGUGUAUAACAGAGAAUAGCAAAAGCCAUUGUUCAAAAACAGAUGAGUCUGUCUCAGUUUCACAGAAGACGCUAGAGGAAACACCAAUCUUUGAGGAAUGCAUAGGGAAUGGUGAUUACAAUUUUAUAGAAGAUGCUACUCCAGUUUUGAGGGAAAGUGAAGAAGAAUCUAUCUUGAAAGCAGAAACCCAAUUGCCGGUGGUUACCAAGGCAGAGGAGAAGGCUGAUGAUUUGUAUAUGAAGAAUAUGAAUAUACAAGGCAUGAAUAAAGUACUUACCUUUAAAAAUGAGAAAGCGGUUGAAAGUGAAGAGUUGGAAGGACAGACAAAGUUGGAUGUUCAAUAUAAGUCAAGCAACCAUUUAGAGACACAGCCAGAAAUAGACAAUGUUAGCAUGCAUGAUGAAAUUAGUUUGUCUUCCUCUGUCAGCAGGCCAGCUGACAACACCUCUCACCUGGGAGGAUUCACAGAGAAUAUUCCAGAAAUAAGAAUAUUUGAUUCUGUUAUGGAAGAUCUAUCUGAAGUUAAGCAAAAUGAAUUCAUUGCAAUACCAUCAAUUGAAAUAAUAAAAUCAGAAGUUGGAGAGCUAAUACCAUCGAAACCUUUCUCGCUCACUGAUUCGGAAUCAGAGCAUGCCAUUUUCCUAAUUAAAGAGGAAAGAGAUGCAUCAGAGACAGAAGUUAAAACCACAGCCAUGUCCCCUGUAUUUGUAGGUGUUUCACCCACUGAAGAAAGGAUGCAGGAUAAUGAACUCUUCUCAGCAGCAAAGAAUGUACAGGAAGUUGAGCAACAGGAUGAGAAAACACUAACACUCAUCGGAGAAAAGCCAAAUAAUCUACCUAGUGCAAGUCUUUCUGUUAUGAAUCAGUGGAUUCCUACAAUAAAUAUCUCCUGUACUGAUGGUUUUAAACUCACAGAUGAUGAUGAUGAUCAUUCCCUUGCAAAGCCAUCUGCCUUUGACGGACCACUGCCGCAUGAAGGACCCCAAAGCCCCAUGUUUGUGGUGCCUCCUAUUUCUGUUUCUGUUUGUGAGGACAUUCCUAGUGAAACAAAACUGCCCCCUACAAUUGAGAAUUCCGAAUCAGAAUCGUUGCUUGAAUUGUUGAGGGGGGUCGAGAGUGAUCUUGAAAAAAUCACUACCAUUGACACUGACAAAUGCCAUGGUGAUCAGAAACAGGAUACAGAAACAGAGAAAGAGAGAAAAUCAAACAACAUUCCCUCUUUUUCCUGCAAAACAGCAGAAGUGGUAUCCAUCAUACCCUCACUAAGCAAAGCAACAGAUAAAGUCAGUAUUACAGCAUCUGAUAGGGUAAAACCAACUAGAGAGACCAAGACUGAACCUGAAAUUGAUGGGCUAGUCUUUAAGAACCCAACCCCCCCAAUGAUGAGUCCUGCCAGCCUGCGCAGGUUCCUGGCCAAGGCUGCUCCCACAACAGACAGUACAGGGGGGAUGGCCGUCCCUGCCAUCACCGUGGGUGACUCCUCUCAGAGUGACAAAACAGGGGAUGAGCUGAGUGGCGGAUCUACGCCAACAUCCUCCCUGUCCUGUGAGAGCAGCCCAAGACUGAAACGCAGGGACAGUCUGUCCCAAAUCCGAUCUGCCACACCUGAGGAACUGGCCUCUGGAGCUCGCCGCAAGAUCUUCAUCCCCAAAACUCAAGGAGUGGAGGGAGAGAGUGCGAUGGUCGGGCCAGGAGUGCUGGAUGUCCAGUGUAAGAAGGAGACCCCUUAUAUGUCCCCCAGCCAGGCUCGCAGGGCAGCAUUUCUGCAGGCCUCUGCUGGUUCUCAAACCCCACCACUUGAGAGGCGCUCCCCUCUGUUAGCGCGCAGGAAGACCACUUUGGACGUCCCUAGAGUCCUGGAGGAAACCACAGUUGAGGAGCCAGAAAAUCCAGCUAACGAGACCAAACCUGUGGAGAAGGAGAAACUAAACCCAUUCAAAGCUCCUCAGGUUAUCCGCAAGAUCAGAGGAGAGCUCUUUACAGAUGUCUCGGGACACUUGAAGUUGUGGUGCCAGUUCUUUAAUGUACUCAGUGACUCAACCAUUAAAUGGUACAGGGAUGAGGAGGAGAUAGUGGAGGUUCAGAGAAGCGGGGGAGAUGAAAGCCAAGUCGCUUUGGCUAUUGUCCAGGCAUCAAGUCGAGAUUGUGGAGUGUACGGCUGCACAAUCAAGAAUGAAUAUGGCACAGACUCCACUGACUUCCUACUCAGCGUUGACAUUCUCUCAGAGCUUCUCUUGCGUGAUGACUCCGAAGUGGGAGAGGAGAUAGAGAUGACCCCACUGACGUUCUCCAAAGGUCUGGCGGACUCAGGCCUCUGGGGUGAUAAAUUCUUUGGCCGUAUAAUGACUGAGGAGGCACAUCUGGGUGAAGGCUGCAAACACAAGGCCAGCAGGGUCAAGGUAAUCUAUGGCCUUGACCCUGUAUUUGAGUCUGGAAGCACCUGCAUCAUGAAAGUGCAAAACCCCAUCGCCUAUGGGACCAAAGAGGAGAGCAACCUUAUGGAGAGAAACCUAGAGAUUACCAAGCAAGAGUGCAGAAUCCAAAACAUGGUUCGGGAAUAUUGUAAAAUCUUUGCUGCUGAGGCAAGGGUGAUUGAAACGUUUGGCUUUGCACUAGAAGUGAUUCCUCAGUAUCUGAUGUACCGCCCUGCAAACUCAGUGCCCUAUGCCACAGUGGAGGCUGACGUAAACGGAGUUUACUUGAAGUACUGUCUGAUGGAUGCUAAAGGCAGACUGAUCACAAGAACCAUCUCUGAGGUGGAACAGAAAUGCUGCACUUUCCAGCACUGGAUCCACCAGUGGACACAUGGCAACUUACUGAUCACUCAAUUAGAAGGAGUUGGAAUGAAAAUCACUAAUGUUAGAGUGGCCACCAAGUCAAAAGGGUAUCAAGGUCUUACAGACAACGGCUCUCCUAAUGUAUUUGAACAGUUCUUGACUCAGCAUCAGUGUAACUAUUACUGUGGGCUUCUUGGUCUACGAAGCCUGAAAGUCAUGGACAGCCUGCAGCAACCCCUUAAGAUCAAAGGCUCCAGAAGCCCCCUGCUCCACCGCAAGUUAGGCCAAGGUUCCAGUCCCCAGAUCCAGAGAAAGGGACUCGGCAGUCCUCAAACAGCCAAAAAAGCCACUUCUAGUCCAGUGACGGUCAGAAAGACCAACUCUAGCCCCACAGUUGUUCGAAAGAUGGAGGAGACAGAAGACAAUCCAAAGACGGUUGAGAUUUCCAAGGAUGUCACCAUAAGGUAGAAACAGGACAUGUCAAACCCAACUUUCAUUUGAUUUUGAAACACAGAGGAUUGUAGGUUACCUUGGGGCUUCAACAUUACGAAGAUGUAAAAGCUCAUAUACCCAAGCAGCCAUCAAAACAAAAGCAGUAAAUAUUGAAUCCUUUAUUUGUAAAACAGGGAAUAGGUCAAUGAUCAAUCGUGUUGUUGUGUAACUUUACUGUGAAAUACCUAAUUGCUGACUUUACUGUUACACAAUUGCCCCUUUUCCAACUUAAAGAUAACUGCUCAACUGAAUGGAGUUUAUAGGUGGAGUUUACAGCACUGAGGAACAGGUCUCCAGAGUCUAUAUUCUGACCUCUGAUUGACAUUUGAGAUUGUAUUCAAAACAGUGGUGCUAAAUAAACACACUAUUUACUGCUGAUGCAGGAACAAGUAAAAAAGCACCAACAACCAUGUACUGUACAUCUGGGAUGUACUCUAUGUGCCUUGGCAACACAUGGUCUUAUUUACUCAUGAUGUCAACCAACAGUUAAACCUGGCUGAAUCAAGGCGGCCUGCAUUACAUGUGCACUGAGUUUUUUUCUGUUGCAUUGUAUUUCUAAAAUCUCUGCACAUACCUGCAUGUGCUAGGGAACUGCAUACGUUUUGUGUCUUGAACAAAUUGUUGUGUAAUCUUUGCCAACAUGUCUUUUGGUAGCUUUUGGAUUAACUAUUUGAAUUCCUGUAGAUUUAAUUGGAAAACAACACGGUCACACAUGGAACUAUUGGUGCAAUCCACCAAUCCCAUUGGCCUACUUCCUUUAUUGGUUAUUGUAAUGUUGUGGAAAUGUACUGACAAAGUCUUUACAGUGUCAAGUAGAAAUUGGUUCUCAAAAACACAGAUUUAUAAUCUAGACACAUGAUCAAGCUUUCAGAACUAAAACAUAAGUAUGAGACUGAUGUACAGACUGUUGGAAUGAUCCAUUGUUAAGAUUUAGAAUCACUUACCUCCAGCUGAUCUAAAUUGCAUGUAUCACAUUACAGUUUUAUUUAUAGUGCCUCAUUUAUUUAGAUGUUUAGGCAUUAUUCAAAUAUUGUAGAAAAAAAGUGGUUUGUUUAUAAUUCUGUUGAGAUGUGUAGACAAAGUCAGUGGUGUAUACGUGAAAGUGUGAGUGCUGAGCCUGCGAGCGAUCAUGUUAGAAGGUGUGUACUGUGCGAAAACUUAUUUGACUGACAAUUUUUUUAAAUAAAAUAGUAAAACAUCCAA